AUGGAUCCUCUGAGGGACGAAGAUCUCGCCUAUGCGGAAUCACUGAAAGCUGCGGGUGUGGAAGUCGAGUUGAAUGUGUACCCCGGCCUUCCCCAUGGAUUCAUGCUGGCUGUUGAUUUACCAGUCGUCUCUGAAUACUAUGACCACAUGGUAAAAUGGGUCACUGGUGUUGGGGUCACAUGA